GGCCGAAGCCGGGAUCCGAGGCGCUCUCCCUGCCGGCCUUCGGGGGAAGCUGCCAGAAACACCCGAGCCGGCCGGUGCAGCUGUACUGCCGCAUGUGCCGGCAGGCGGGAUGCGGGCAGUGCGUCUCCGAGGAGCAUCGGGGCAUCUUCCACUCUGUCAACCUCAUAGACACGGUGUACCAGGAGGAAAAAUUAAUCUUCUUUAGCACUCUGAAACAAAUGAGGAUAAUAAAUGAGCAGCUGGUGAAUGAGAUCUCAAAACGACCGAAUGAUGCAGAUAUGAUGCUGAAAAAUGAUGUGGAGACAAUUGAGCUGAAAUUUGGAGAAAUUUUCAAAACUCUAGAAAUGAAAAAACAGCAACUACUAGAAGAUGUCGAAAAUCAAAGAAGUAAAAAAGAGAAAGAAUUUCAGAUUUGGAAGAAAAUGAAAGAAACUCACAAGAAGACCAUUGAGAAUUUUUUGAAGGAUUGUGAAGAGCUUGUCCAUGAGUGUGAUCCUCAGUGUUUCCUUGAGGUUGCCUGUGGCUUGAAUACAAGGAUGAAAACUCAGCUUGAUGUGAUGAAUAUAGCAUCCAACUUGGAAAAACCACCAGUGUAUACGCCAAAGAAGAUAGAUAUCAAGUCUGUGGUUAAUGAAAUCUUAGCAUUGGAGUUAACACCUGUAGAUGCAGGCACUGUUCAAGAGCUACCUUAUGAAGGACAGGAGAGCUCAACUCUACUUAAAGAUAUCUUAAAGCAGAAUACACAUGGCACAUUUCUUCCUGUAGCAGGACAGGAUGAAGCAGACGGCAGCAGGGUUCCUACUCGCUUUAUGUCAAUAUCAGAAAUGUCAGCAUUUCAAAAUAUGAGCCAUGAGGAGUUACGUUACAAAUACUAUAUGGAACUUCAGAAGUUCACUAAUGUAUUUAAGACUCAAAAUUUCCCUGCAAACAAAAAGUAUAAAUUUGUGACUGCUGAGGCCUCCAAGAAUAACUCCUCAGGACUCUCUUUUACAUCUUCACCUACCAGAGCAAAUAACACAGAUAAAACAAAAAUGGGAACCCUGCGAAGAGGAGGUGGCUUAGACAAAAGAAACUUUUCUGGAAGCAGUGCUCAUAGCAUCCCGUCCACAAAUACGAUCUUUUCUGAAACAAAUGGUGACGUAAAAUCAUUUAAUGAGGGAAGUGGCCAGGAAGUAUCCACUCCAGCCUUGUCAGAAACCUCUCCAAACUUGUUAGUUAAAGAAAAAUGGCCAAGACAGGCAUCAGCAGGUACUGUUUCCAACGAAAUGGACUCAAAUUCUAGUAUUUCAUUCAACUUAAAGCCAGUAGAAAGAGUGGCUGUUACUGUUUCAAGUUCAGAAUCUGUAGAUGCUUCAGCAGAGAGAUCUUCAGGUGUACCUUUUACUUUCAGUGCAUCUAACAAGUCAUUACCAAGAUUUAGUAAAGAUAGAGGUACAUUUUCCUUUAAAAAGCAAGACAAGAGAUGUGCUUUCCCUCAGUUUUAUUUAGGGAAAUGUGAUAAGGUGGAUAAAACAAAUAAUCAGGAUAAACAUAAUCCUGAAACCAAAAACACAGUUUGCAGUGCUUCAACAAGUCCUAAUUUAGACUCAGAAGAAAGUGAGAAACAGCACAUUUUGUUUCCCUUUGGCAAUUCAGAAAGAAAUUUGUGUGCAGGACCAGAAGGUAGCAAUUCAUGUAAGGUGUUGCCAUCAUCCUCAUUUUUUAGCCGAUCUGAGAAGCCAUCUGACAAAAAAACAUUAUCUCACAUGAAGGAAAAAACACCUUGUGCAGAGGAGCUUGCAGGAUAUGGUAAAGAGAAACCAUGUGUUUUAGGGGAACAAAAACUUCACACCUCAGAAUCCACCACAACUGGAGCUUGUGGUACUUCAGAAACCAACACUGGAGAUGGGGUGAGUGGUGUCUCCAAGACCCCCCUUACCACCACUAAUUGUGCAUUUUCUUGCAAAAGUAAUUUCCCUUUGCCUUCACCAGUAUUUUCAUUUGGAGGCAUUGUCCGAAAUACCUCUGAUUUGCUGACUUAUUCCAUGUUUUUUUCUGGAAACAGAACAGAAAAAAUGGAUAAGGAGAAGAAAUCUCCUGACAAAACUCUUCUAAAUGUAGGUAAACCUGUGUCUCCAGAGUGUACAGAGCCUGCUUCUCUUCAGAGUCAUCCAAAAUGCGAAGGCUCUUGUUUGCCUAUGGACUCAUCUAAAAACAUUGAAAGUGCAGAAAGGCUUGGUGAUGAUAACACUCCUUGUCAACCUUUAUGUUCAGGAGUUCUUCCUAUUGAGUAUGAGAAUGCAUCUUCUACUCAACUCACCACAGCGGCACAACAGCAAAAAGAGGUAAAGGAUGAAGAAACUGUUGCUGAAAACAACUGUGUGUGCCCUAGAAGGGAGGAUGAACCUGAGCCUGUACAGUUUCAGAACACUCCUGGCACAUGCAAUGAUCCAUCUUCAGGAGGUUUUGUGCUUGCAGUAAGUGAGACAGGAGAAAUGCUGGGAGACAGCACUUCUGACACUUAAGACCUAAGGCAAGCAUCUGUCUCUACUGAUACCAGCCAUGCAUCAGAAUAUUUUUCUGUGGCUGAAGACAGAAUGUCUGGUAGAAGAAAAUUAGAUGUGAAGAGAGACUGAAAAGGAAAAUAAGCUGGAAUUAAAUAAAUGCUACUUAAUAUAUUAAAAGGUGGGGAUACUUGUGAUUCUACAGUUGUUCUCCCCACUUCUUUCCAGUCAAAGUAUCUCUGUGUUGGAAACUUUACUGCUUAUAAACAGUACAAUGCAAUAAAUUGAUUUUAAUAGUAUAGUCAUAAACUCAAGAAACAACCAAAAAGGUCAUGUCUGACUCAAGACCAAAGUAUAACCAUAGAUGCUGCAUCUUCAGUAAUGCAAACCUUCUGGGGUAUGUUUGGGGGAUUGGGAACUGAGAUGUCCCAGAAAGUGAGUUGGGGGAAGCCUCAGUGGCAGGAGGCAGUAAAUUGCAGCACUUGCACUUAAAUGGGUAUGAGAACAGCCAAGAGCAUUCACCUCACAGGCAGGGAGGGAGGAGAGCCACAACAAAAAUAAAGGAUAUUGAAGGUGUUACUAAAAAUUGUUUUAUUUCCCAGUUGCUGUUUCCUUUUCUGUGAUAUGUUUAAUGUAUGUUGAAGGUAUAAAUUCAUGUGUAAUUUCAAUAAUUUCUCUUGCGCUUUUGAAAUGGAAGCAUCAUAUCAGUGUUCUUUUAUACACUGCAGAAGGGUGUCAGCUACACUUCUGAAGUGCUGCCUUCAGGAAAUAGAAAUAUUGCAAUUAAAUUUCAGCUUUUUGGCAACAGUUUGGAAAUACUUGGAUAGAUGAACUUGCCGUUUUAUUGAAAGCUUUUGGAGAACCUAGCUUUCAAAACAAAAAAUUCAUUUAAAAUCUGUGUGUAGUGACAAAAAAGGAAAACAGCCCGUCUCACUAAAUGUAUUAAUGAUUCAGGACUUGUGGAAAUUUUAGUCUGAAUAUCUGUACAGAGUUAGGAUAAAAAGACCAUAUUUUCUACUUUGCUGGCCAUUUUGUUGGAUCCAAGAGAUAACUGUGCUUUAGUUAUUGAAAUACACAGACAGUAGUACUGUUUCAGAAUAAAGCUCUGGGUUUUUUUUACUGUUCAUGCUUUAGCAAAAGCUGAUGCUAGGCUUUAAAGAAAUUAAUUUUGUAUUAGAUGCAUCAACUGGCAAGUAUUAAAAUGCACAAUAUUUAAUAUUCCUUCAGAAGUUUUUAGUGGCAACUGGAAAAAUCAAUAAUCUCCAAAUUACCUCUGUAACUCUGUAAGAAAAAUAUUACUUAAAUCUCUGCAAUGCUUUCUAAUAUACUUACUAUGACAUAAUACUUAGAGAAACUAUUCUUGUUUCAGGAAAUGUUAACCUAAUUCGAUUUGUGUUCAGUUCUUGAUCUCAAUUUUUCUGUGCCAGUGCAUUCCUUUAUUAAAUGUGCUGAAAAAAUAGUUUCUAGUAUUUAUAACAAUUAAUAAUACUACUUUUCUGUUUGCAUUAUAGUAAAGAAGGUGGUAAAAACCCUCUUUGUGGUUAGUCUUUUAGUUCUUUAUAUUCAUCUCUUAAAUCUUACUGUAUUUCAGUUUUCUCCUAAGAUUUUUUUUGCUGUUAUCUCUAGACAUUCUUGUCAUGUUCUGCAUGUGUAGGAGAGUAAUGUAAAUUCAAAUCACUGGAAGACAAAAGCUGAGCGAGAUGAUAAUGGUAGAAAGUGUCACAUGUGGAGGUUGGUCUCACUUUAAUAAAAGUGAGAGAAGUUGGACAAUUUUAGAGUCACAUGAGGCACCUAUAAAAUUCAUUGCCAGAAAGUUGCAAAAAAUGUUUGUUUUCUUCCACAGUGACAAAAAUAUUCUUAAUGAGCUAAGAUUAAUCAGAAACUAUAACAAGUUUCUGAAGCUUACAUAUUUUUAACCUGUCUUCUGUUAAUUUAUGUUAUUUCAUGGGUGUUUGUCAAAGUUAAAAUUCCAUGCAAAUACUUUUUCCCUUAGUGAAAAGACACCAUCAUAGACUCAUAAAGCAAAUAGAGUACUGUAUGCUACUUUGAAGGUAGAAGUUGUGGAUGUGGGGCUUUGCUGCAGUCCUAGGGCUGCUUUUUAAGCAUUGUUGUCCAAGUGCCUUAUAGGUCAGCAUUCAGGUUUUACAGGGCAGGUAAGAUUCACACAGAAAUCCCCAACAAGAUACUUGCCCACUCCCUUAGCCAUACUGCACUGACCCAGAAGGGAGCCCUUCCUCUGUUCCCUGAAAAUGAUGGGAGGUACAGAAUAACCUCUGGGUCUUGGGCAUGUCUCUUCCUGACUACCUUAAAAAUUAACACUGUCCUGGCUGGAAGCAGAAUAUUCAAGUGAUCUUGAAUGAACACCAGGGCCAAUUCAAAGAAAUGGGAUUCAGAGUUGUCCUUAAUGUGGAUUUUGCUUAUUA